AUGGGCAAAAGCGUGUUCUGGGGGUUUUUGCAUGCGACAUCCUGGAUUUGGGGUAAACGGCGACAGGCGAAGGCGGGGAAUCUUGGUCAUUUUUUGAUGGCGAACGGUGGCCUGAGGCUUAUUGCAUCAAACGGAGUUUAUAGGAACGCCGUAGGUUUUCUACCAAGACCGAGACCUUCGGGCCCUGAAAGGGACCAAGACGGACAGACUUGA